CCAACUUCCCGCGGUUCGGCCCCGCUGCGCCCCGAGCCCACGCCUCCGGGAAUCCCGCGGGCCCCCAGCUUCCAGCCCCGGCGGCGCGCCGGGCAGCGCUUCGGUGGCGGCGGCGGCGGCGGCGAAGGCGGCGCAGGCGGUGGCGGCGGCGGCGGCUGCAGCCCCACACUCAGCCGCCAAACUGGAGGAGCGACGGAAGCCGGACCCGAGGAGGAUGGAGGAUGAAGCUGUCCUGGACAGAGGGGCUUCCUUCCUUAAGCAUGUGUGUGAUGAAGAAGAAGUAGAAGGCCACCACACCAUCUACAUCGGGGUCCAUGUGCCAAAGAGCUACAGGAGAAGGAGACGUCACAAGAGAAAGGCAGGGCACAGAGAAAAGAAGGAAAAGGAGAGAAUCUCUGAGAACUACUCUGACAAGUCCGACGUGGAGAACGCGGAUGAGUCCAGUAGCAGCAUCCUAAAGCCUCUCAUCUCUCCCGCCGCAGAACGCAUCCGAUUCAUCUUGGGCGAGGAGGAUGACAGUCCAGCACCCCCUCAGCUCUUCACGGAACUGGAUGAGCUGCUGGCCGUGGAUGGACAGGAGAUGGAGUGGAAGGAGACAGCGAGGUGGAUUAAGUUUGAAGAAAAAGUGGAACAGGGUGGGGAGAGAUGGAGCAAGCCCCACGUGGCCACCUUGUCCCUUCAUAGCUUAUUUGAGCUGAGGACAUGUAUGGAGAAAGGAUCCAUCAUGUUGGACAGGGAGGCUUCUUCUCUCCCGCAGUUGGUGGAGAUGAUUGUUGACCAUCAGAUUGAGACAGGCCUAUUGAAACCUGACCUUAAGGAUAAGGUGACCUAUACUUUGCUCCGGAAGCACCGGCAUCAAACCAAGAAAUCCAACCUUCGAUCCCUGGCUGACAUUGGGAAGACAGUCUCCAGUGCAAGUAGGAUGUUUACCAACCCUGAUAAUGGUAGCCCAGCCAUGGCCCACAGGAAUCUGACUUCUUCCAGUCUGAAUGACAUCUCUGAUAAGCCAGAGAAGGACCAGCUGAAGAAUAAGUUCAUGAAAAAACUGCCACGUGAUGCCGAAGCCUCCAACGUGCUUGUUGGCGAGGUCAACUUCUUAGAUUCUCCUUUCAUUGCCUUUGUUCGGCUGCAGCAGGCCGUCAUGCUGGGUGCCCUGACUGAGGUCCCUGUGCCCACAAGGUUCUUGUUCAUUCUCUUAGGUCCUAAGGGGAAAGCCAAGUCCUACCAUGAGAUUGGCAGAGCCAUUGCCACCUUGAUGUCCGAUGAGGUGUUCCAUGACAUCGCUUAUAAAGCAAAAGAUAGGCAGGACCUGAUUGCUGGCAUUGACGAGUUCCUAGAUGAAGUCAUUGUCCUUCCCCCCGGGGAAUGGGAUCCAGCGAUCAGGAUAGAGCCCCCUAAGAGUCUUCCGUCAUCUGACAAAAGAAAGAAUAUGUACUCAGGUGGAGAAAAUGUUCAGAUGAACGGGGACACGCCCCAUGAUGGAGGCCAUGGAGGAGGAGGACACGCGGAUUGUGAGGAAUUACAGCGCACUGGAAGGUUCUGUGGUGGACUAAUUAAGGACAUAAAGAGGAAAGCACCAUUUUUUGCCAGUGAUUUUUAUGAUGCUUUAAAUAUUCAGGCUCUUUCAGCAAUUCUCUUCAUUUAUCUGGCAACAGUAACUAAUGCUAUCACUUUUGGAGGACUGCUUGGGGAUGCCACUGACAACAUGCAGGGCGUGUUGGAGAGUUUCCUGGGCACCGCUGUCUCUGGAGCCGUUUUUUGCCUCUUCGCUGGUCAACCACUCACUAUUUUGAGCAGCACAGGACCUGUUCUAGUUUUUGAGAGGCUGCUAUUUAAUUUCAGCAAGGACCAUAAUUUUGACUACUUGGAGUUUCGCCUUUGGAUUGGCCUGUGGUCAGCCUUCAUGUGUCUCAUUUUGGUGGCCACUGAUGCCAGCUUCUUGGUUCAGUACUUCACUCGCUUCACUGAAGAGGGCUUCUCUUCUCUGAUUAGUUUCAUCUUUAUCUAUGACGCUUUCAAGAAGAUGAUCAAGCUAGCUGAUUACUACCCCAUCAACUCCAACUUCAAAGUGGGCUACAAUACUCAAUUUUCCUGUGUUUGUAUGCCUCCCAACCCAGUUAAUAUCUCCAUGUCAAAUGAUACCACAUUGGCUCCUGAAGAUUUGCCAACUGUUUCUUCUACUGACAUGCACCAUAAUGCUACCUUUGACUGGGCAUUUCUGACGACGAAGGAGUGUUUGAAAUAUGGAGGAAAGCUCAUGGGCAACAACUGUGGUUUUGUUCCUGAUAUCACUCUCAUGUCUUUCAUCCUUUUCUUGGGCACCUACACCUCUUCUAUGGCUCUGAAAAAAUUCAAAACUAGUCGUUAUUUUCCAACCACGGCAAGGAAACUGAUCAGUGACUUCGCCAUUAUCUUGUCCAUUCUCAUCUUUUGUGUAAUAGAUGCCCUGGUAGGUGUGGAUACUCCAAAACUGAUUGUGCCAAGUGAGUUCAAGCCAACAAGUCUAAACCGAGGUUGGUUUGUUCCACCAUUUGGAGGAAACCCCUGGUGGGUGUACCUUGCAGCUGCUAUACCUGCUUUGUUGGUCACCAUUCUCAUUUUCAUGGACCAGCAAAUCACAGCUGUGAUUGUAAACAGGAAAGAACAUAAACUCAAGAAAGGAGCUGGAUAUCACCUGGAUCUCUUUUGGGUGGCCAUCCUCAUGGUGGUGUGCUCCUUCAUGGCCCUUCCGUGGUACGUGGCUGCUACUGUCAUCUCCAUUGCUCACAUCGACAGUUUGAAGAUGGAGACAGAGACUUCUGCACCUGGAGAACAACCAAAAUUCCUAGGAGUGAGGGAACAAAGAGUCACUGGAACCCUUGUGUUUAUUCUGACUGGUCUGUCAGUCUUUAUGGCUCCCAUCUUGAAGUUUAUUCCCAUGCCUGUACUCUAUGGCGUGUUCCUGUAUAUGGGGGUAGCAUCUCUUAAUGGUGUGCAGUUCAUGGAUCGUCUGAAGCUGCUUCUGAUGCCCCUGAAGCAUCAGCCUGACUUUAUCUACCUGCGCCAUGUCCCCCUGCGCAGAGUCCACCUGUUCACUUUCCUGCAGGUGCUCUGUCUAGCCCUGCUCUGGAUCCUCAAGUCAACUGUGGCUGCUAUCAUUUUUCCAGUCAUGAUCUUGGCACUUGUAGCUGUCAGAAAAGGCAUGGACUACCUCUUCUCCCAGCACGACCUCAGCUUCCUCGAUGAUGUCAUUCCAGAAAAGGAUAAGAAAAAGAAGGAGGAUGAGAAGAAAAAGAAAAAGAAGAAGGGAAGUCUGGACAGUGACAAUGAUGAUUCUGACUGCCCAUACUCAGAAAAAGUUCCAAGUAUUAAAAUUCCAAUGGACAUCAUGGAACAGCAACCUUUCCUAAGUGAUAGCAAACCUUCCGACAGGGAAAAAUCACCAACAUUCCUUGAACGCCACACAUCAUGCUGAUAAAAUUCCUUUCCUUCAGUCACUCGGUAUACCAAGUCCUUCUAGAACUCCAGUAAAAGUUGUGCCUCAAAUUAGAAUAGAACUUGAGCCUGAAGACAAUGAUUAUUUCUGGAGGAGCAAGGGAACAGAAACUAUAUUGUAACCUGUUUGUCUUUCUUACAACUGACAGUUUUUGUUGUUUAUGUUCUUGUUUUUUGUCUAAUUGUUUAUUUUUUAAUUUUUGUUUUGUUUCGGUUUUUGGUCACUGGCCAAACAAUACAGUGCUCUCUCUGCUUCUCUCUUGCAUAGGUAAAAUCAAGACAGUAGUGCACCGUUCCUUAAAAACAACAUCUGAAGAAUCCCCUGUUUGUUCUUAUACUUUCAAAUGUGUCCUCUGACAGCCAAAUUCCUCUGUCACUCAAGACACACACAGACCCUGUCCUUUUCCUUUAUUAAGCAGAGGGCAAAAGUAUUAAGGAUUUUAUAACACCUUUUAUUAAAAUAUUGAAGGAACUUCCACCUUGAGCUUUGGAGCUGUGCUUACUGGCUUGUCUUUCUGUCUGGUUGAACAAACCUUGACCUCCAGACAGUCCCUUCUCACCUAUAGCACUCUCCAGGACUGGAAAAAGUGCUGCUAUUCUAACUUGCUCUUGCUUAUAAACACUAAUCUCUUAAGAGUUAUCAAAAGAAGAAAAACUAAAGGUACUUUACUCCCACUAGAGAAACUAUUGCCAUCAUUGUAGCAAGUGCUGGAAUGUCCGUUUUUUCCUAUGCAACUUUUUUUAACCCUUUAAUGAACUUAUCUGUUGAGUACAUUGAAGACUAUUUUUCUUCCUAGAUUUUGUUGUUUAAAUUAUGGGGCCUAACCUGCAACUUAUUUUUUGUCAAUUUUUUAAACUUUUUUUUAAUUACUGUAAAGAAAAUGAAUUUUUUCCUGCAGCAGGAAACAUAGUUUUGAGUAGUUCUACCUCUUAUUUGUAGCUGCCAGGCUUUCUGUAAAAAUUGUAUUGUAUAUAAUGUGAUUUUUACGUAAACAUACACACACACACGUACACACAGAUACACCACCUCUAGGGUAUGCCAGAGGGCUAGAUCAGAUUAAAAACACCAUGUUUCUAAGCAUCCAUUUUUCCCUUUCUUUAAGAGAAAUUUAACUGUUCUAUGAAGGAGAUUGGGGGCGGAGGGAGACGCUCCUUUGUAAGGGAAUAACUGAUGUUUUGAUAAUAGUAGUAUCCGGGCAAAGAUGCUGAUUGUAUUACCAUUUUGAUGUCCUAUGCAGUAUUGUUAGACAUUUUUUUCAUUUUGAAAACAUUUGUGUGUUUGUGUAUGUACUCUGUGUGUGGCUGGUACACAUAUGUGCAAGGGUAGAAAGAGAUAGAGUCAUGGUAGGCGAAGGGCAAAGUUAUCUAGCCUCUCAUGUCAGUUUUUGUAAAACCCAAACCACAUAUGAAAAAUCCAUCAGAGGUCCAGGAGACUUACUGUUAUGCAGAUGAGGGUAAAUAUACUUUAUUACCCAGACGGCGGUCACCAUCACUGAUGCAAUAGCCCUUAUUUACAAUACAAAAUGCACAGGACUGUGAUAGACCAUUUUUACAUUUAUAAAGUGUCUAUGAGAAUGCAGUUGGAUCGCAGAGGUAUAUAUAUAUACAUUUUAACAAUACACUUGUCUUUAAGAUUGAAAGGCAAUUAUUCUUUGUGAUUGAGGCAUAUAGAAUAUACAUGUCUAUAUACGUGUGUGUAUGUGUAUUUCAAAGUACCAUAUUGAAAGUUAGAAAAAAGAAAAUUAGAUCUUUAACCAAAUUUAGCAUGUUAUCUAAAUGUAGUGUUUUAAUAGGCUGCAUUAUGUAUUAUGAAUCUGCAUUAAAAACAGCGUUUUAAAUGUUGAAUCCAUAAUUUUGGAUUCCUAUAACUAUAUUUGUGAUAUAUGCUGACUACGGUCGUUGGAGGAGUACUAGAAGCAGAACGAAACCACUUAUUUUGGUUUCAUAAUAUGCAUAUAUUGACUCCCACUCAUUCUUAUAUUAAUUAAAUUACAAUUCUGUCCUGUUGAAAUUUUGAUUAUAAAAACUGUAUUGUUCUAAAUUAACUGUUACUUUUAUAGUAUCUGAUAAUCUUAAAACUUCAAAUUUUAUACAAAUUAGACAUAAAUGACCUACAAUUUUUUUCAUUAAAAUGAAGGCGGCAAAGUGAAUGUUAUUUGUUAGAACCUCACAUGCCAAAUUUUGGCAUCAUGUUUGUUUUUAGAGCUAUCCUUAAAGUGAUUACUCUGUAUUAUCUAGUUUUUCAUUACCUUAAUAUAAAACUAUAUGAAGUUUUUCUCUUUGUUUCUCCUGAGCAUCAAUAAAAUGUUUAAAAGCCAUGCAUAUUAAAUUUAGCCUAACCUAGGAUCUUGUUAAAUUAAAGACACUUUUGUUCACUUUUAUAAAAGCUCUAGAUAGAAUAAUUUAUUUUUCUGAUCAUGAAUCAAGUAUUUGAGGAUUCAUGCCCCUCUCUGUCCCUUUCAAAGAACUCCUGAAGCAACUUAGCUCAGUAUUUCAGCCUUUGAGUAUAUCUAAAAGCUACCUGCACCUUCAUUUAUGAUCCAUAUUCUGUGACAGAAGGUCAAUACUCAUGAUAUGAAUGCGGAGUGGCACCUUGUAUUUGCUUAAAGGAACAGUUAGUAUCAAACCUUUUCAAUAUUUUGGAACCCAGAGAAGUAUUUUAAAAAUCAUUUACUUUCAGAGGAACACAGAUAGUUACCAAACAACAAACAAACAAACCCUGAGGUCCACACAGAGCCACCGAAUUAUCUGUAUUUUAACUGAAUUUACACACUGUCAAAGAACUAACCAGAUUUUUGGUGGUUUUGUUUCUCUGUAAACUGGACACAAAGAAUACAACAGUAAAAUUUUUACCAAGUGUCUCUUCCUGAUGUAAAUACAAAGAGAAGAGAUUCAAGUUGUUAGAAGUAAAGCAGUAAGUGUAGUUGUUAACUAGAAGUCCUGUGGUAGUACAGACUUACCAUUGGAAGGAAAGCAUCACCAGGCCAAGAGUCUGCUUUAUCAGAGCAGAAAGGCCCAUGGUUUUGCAUUUGAAAGAUAAUCUUUUGGAGACACUGUUUUCCUUGAAAAACGUCACUCUACUAUGUAAAAGAGUGACCAACUUGGAAUCCUAAUCAUUUUGAGUUCCAUACUGGGAACUGGAAUCAUUUUGUGGUCCAGGCAGGCAGUGGAGUGGGGUGGGGGGGUGGAGGAAGUCAGAGAUGUAGGGGAACAAACCUUUUCUAGUCAGCCGCCCACCACCUCAAAGAAAGGGGGAAAGAGAAACAAUUGUCUGCCGCCAGAAAUUCAGUUGGUAUGUAUUUUUAUGCACGUGCACCAACACACACAGAGUAAAUCUUUUAUCAGCUAUAUAUUGGUGUUUAAUACAGAGAACGAUUGUCUUCCAAGUUUUUGCUUCUUUUUUUUAAACUGUGUUAAGUACUUGAAAUGUAUUGACUGCUGACUAUCUUUAAAAAACAAAAACAAAACGAUUUGAGUUGUAUUACAGAGGUUGACAUUGUUCAGGGGAUGGGACAAAGCUUUCUUCAACCCUUUUCAUACCACUUAAUGAUUUUGGUGCAGGAACUUGAGAUUUUCUUAUUUAUUCCAUGAGAUUUCACAUCCCCUCUUCACAGCAUGAGCAUGAAGCCCAGUGGCACCAAGUGGCUGAAUACAGUCAAAUGAUAUUUUGCUUGGGCCUUGGGAGUUUUUAGAUGAUGAUUUCAUCAAGCUUCAUUGCAGCCUGAAAUAAAAAAGCUUUGUGGUAUAUGCUAACCAGUCAAGUUGAGUUUUGACCAGGAAUUUGGAUAUGUUCUGUUUUUUGGCUCAUUUCUUUGUGCUCUAUGGGUACAUACAAAAAUCCUGAAUUCUGUUCCUUAGGCAGAUAUUGCAACUCAGGGCUAAAGUCAUCCAGUGAAAUUUUUAGAGCCAUAAGUAACUUUGUCCCAGUCCUACAAUGUGAAGAGAAUGAAUAGUUGCCUCUUUUUAGCCAUUUUUAUGGCUGGUACAUAUCUGUACACAUUACUUUUCAGAAUCAAUACGCACUUUCAGAUAUUCUUAUUUUUAUUCUCUUAAGUCUUUAUUAACUUUGGAGAAAUGAUGCAUCUUUUUAUUUUAAGUGAAGUAGAUCAACAUGGUGGAACAAAAUGAUAAAGUACAGAACAUUUCAAUAUAUUACUAAUAAUUUUUUUCCAAUAUAAAACCUAAAAUUCCUAUAACAUUAUAGUAUUUUACAGUUUUAUGAAGCUUUCUAUUGUGACUUUUAUGGAAUUAAGAGAUGAAGAAGAUGAGAUAUUUUAGCAUUUAUAUUUUUCAAAAUUAAAUGUAUACUUAAAAUAAAGUAACUUUAUGCAUUUA